AUUACCAUCAUGAGAUAUAUAAGAUCUCUGACUACAGCAAUGAUGUUAAUGGGGAGACCAAAGAAACACAACCAGUUUUUUUAGGAGAUGAAAGCCGGGAAAUUAAAAAACAAAUUACAGGGAUGAGAAGAUUACUGAAUGACAGCACUGGAAGAAUCUAUCAACGAGUUGGCAAAGAAGGAGAAAAACUGAAGGAGGAGCCCCAAGAUUUAGAUUUAGCCUGGGCCCAGCGCCUGAAUCCCCCUGCAGAGUCCCAGGCGAGCCUUCAUCCUUCACAGAGCAGUGCAUGGAAUGAAUUAUCACCCCAAGCUAGCCAUUUUUCAGGGCAAUACGGAACUCGAUCCAAAACAUUCCAAAAUCAAACGCGAACCGUGGCAUCCAAUGGAGAAAUCCCAAUGGUGAAUUCAUCAAUUGGACCAAACUGUUGUACGUGUAAUUGCCAGUCAACCCUGCAGGCUAUUCUUCAAGAGCUCAAGACCAUGCGAAAAUUGAUGCAGAUUCAAGCAGUUGGGACUCAAAACAGACAGCAGCCCCCUGUUCCUCUGAUUUGCACGCAAAAGUCAACUAUAUCAAGAAAGAGAAAUAAAAAGAAAAAACUGCCCCUCAAAACUGUUGAACCACUUACCAUGAAUAAGAAACCCAACGCUGCAGAGAACGAAAAAAAGCUAUCGACAAACACAGAACGAUCGAGCCUGCCAGCAGUUGAAUCCCCCCUAAAACCAGAAACCCCUGUUUCAGGAUUUGGAAUUAUCCUUGAAUCGGCUUCAUCAGAUCCAGAAGUGCAACUUGCAGAAGGCUUUGACGUCUUCAUGCCGAAAUCUCAGCUGGACUCUAUAUUAUCAAACUAUACUCGCUCAGGAAGUCUGCUCUUUAGGAAACUGGUCUGUGCAUUUUUUGAUGACAAGACUUUGGCUAACUCUUUACCAAACGGCAAAAGGAAAAGAGGGCUCAAUGACAACCGGAAAGGACUAGACCAAAAUAUUGUGGGUGCAAUAAAAGUCUUUACGGAAAAAUACUGCACUGCUAACCAUGUGGAUAAACUUCCUGGUCCUAGGGACUGGGUCCAGAUUCUUCAGGAUCAAAUUAAACUGGCAAGAAGACGAUUAAAAAGAGGCUCAGCAGAAGCAACCGACUGUGAUGAGAAGCCGGACAUUUCUCUGCUACAAACAGGUAACCUUUUCGACACCACAACAGAUCAUCUGAUAGACACAAACCCAGAUUUUUCAGCUUGAAUUUCACAUCCUACAUCAGUGUUUUUAGCAGAUAGAAACAUCCUCUCCUUUGAAUAAUGUACCUGCAAGAUCGGCGCAAGAACUUCAGCGUACCACAAGGCAUGGACGUCCAUACCGUUUUCCCUUCAAGUUUGUGUUGUUUCACACCUUUUCCAUGUAACCUCAAAUAACAAAACCGCCCGAUUGCUUCACUGUUCUUCAUCUUAAUUAAAGAUGAUUUCCCUCUGUAACCAAGGCAUUAUUUAAUUGGCAGGGUAUCCACUCUGAAGACAUUCUCUUGCUUUUGUUUUUCCUCCAUGAUUGUAUUUUUCCACAUGAUUGUAUGCUUGCCAGCAGUGUUUCGUCUUAAGCCACGUAAAG